AGAGGGGCUGCAAAUGAGUUUGAGGAGAAAAAAAUUGAGUUACGUGAGAACUUAAUAUCUGAUCUAGAGGAAAGGCGUAAGCAGGUUGAGGCUGAAAGGCAUACAAUGGAACUGUCAGGAGAUCCUAUGGAGGUUAAGCCUGCCAUGACAAGAAAAUUGCGUCGCAGACCUAAUGAUCCAGUACCAGUACUUGAGAAUAAGAGAAGGAAACCACCUCCAGCUCAAGUCAACUAUACAUUGGAAGACAAAGAAAUUGAUUCAGACCUAAAGGCAAUUAGUAGAGGCAAGAUGCCUCAAAACAGUGGCAUUCGUAAACCAAAUUUUCCUAACCCUUCUGUAAAUCGGCCUCCAUCUCCCAUAACAGACAGCUCAAACCAGGAUACAAGAAUUGAAGAUGGAAAACUAGUUUAUGAGCGUAGAUG